CUCAGAUAGCUCUCUGCUAGCUGUCAAACACCGAAUCAGCUCAGGACAACCGACAGCAAAAGCCGAAACUUACCACAUUAUCGCGCGGGACAAUGGGAUGAAAUACAUUUGUAAUUUGAGCGUCGAGCGUCUGUGUUUCAGCGAGAUGAAAGGGCAAAACGCGAAGGCUACAUGCUAGCCAACUGCUCAUGACACAAUAACAAAACAAGUUUUUCGUUUAUUUUUGGACUCAAGAGGGAUGGAGCGGGACGGUUCGAGCUCGCUAGUGAUCUUUAUAACUGUCAAGUAACUGCGGUUUUGUUUCACUCUGUUUUGUUGACACCUGCCAGGAGGUCGUAAGUGUUUUUGUGUCCUAUCUUAACGUUUGUUUACGUGUGCUUGGUCGCCAUGCACGACGCGUACGAGCCCGUUCCUAUCCUGGAGAAACUGCCCCUGCAGAUCGACUGUCUGGCGGCCUGGGAUGAUUGGCUCCUUGUGGGGACCAAACCCGGUCAUCUCCUUCUGUACAGGAUCAAGAAAGAUGCAGGUACUAACAGGUUUGAAGUUACGUUAGAGAAAUCCAAUAAGAACUUCUCAAAGAAGAUUCAGCAGCUUUUUGUGGUGUCACAGUACAAGAUUUUGGUUAGUUUGUUGGAAAAUAACAUCCACGUUCACGACCUGCUCACGUUCCAGCAGAUAACUGUUGUUUCCAAAGCCAAAGGAGCCACACUGUUUGCCUGUGACCUGCAGCAGUCUAGCUCAGGUGAAGCCAAGCUGCGCAUGUGCGUCGCAGUCAAGAGGAAAAUUCAGCUGUAUUACUGGAAGGACAGGGAGUUCCACGAACUGCAGGGAGAUGUUGCCGCUCCAGACAUUCCCAAGUCCAUGGCUUGGUGCGAGAACUCCAUUUGCGUGGGUUUCAAACGAGACUACUAUCUGAUCCGGAUGGACGGACGCGCUCAGUCAAAGAGCUGUUCCCACAGGAAACAGCUGGAACCGUUGGUGGCCCCAUUGGCUGAUGGGAAGGUCGCAGUGGGUCAGGAUGACCUCACGGUUGUUUUGAACGAAGAAGGCGUCUGCACUCAGAAAUGCGCCCUUAACUGGACGGACAUUCCCGUCGCCAUGGAGCACCAGCCGCCGUACAUCAUCGCAGUGCUACCCUCGCUAUGUGGAGAUCCGCACCUUGAGCCCAGACUUCUGGUGCAGAGCGUAGAGCUGCAGAGACCUCGGUUCAUCACCUCCGCUGGAUCCAAUGUUGUGUAUGUCGCUAGCAAUCACUUUGUGUGGCGUCUGGUGCCCAUCUCUAUAGCCAGCCAGAUACGACAGCUGCUGCAGGACAAACAGUUUGAACUGGCGCUUCAGCUGGCGAAAAUGAAGGAUGAUGCGGAUGCAGACAAGAGACAACAGAUCCAUCACAUUCAGAACCUGUUUGCCUUCAACUUGUUCUGUCAGAAACGCUUUGAUGACUCCAUGCAGGUGUUUGCUAAGCUAGGCACAGACCCCACUCAUGUUAUCGGACUGUAUCCAGACCUGCUCCCCUCUGACUACCGCAAACAGCUGCACUACCCGAACCCUCUGCCCUCUCUGUCUGGAGCCGAGCUGGAGAAAGCCCACCUGGCCCUCAUAGACUACCUGACACAGAAACGCAGUCAUUUAGUGAAGCAGCUGAACGACACGGACCCCUUCACCACCUCCCCUCUCAUGGAAGGGACCCCCACCAUCAAGAGCCGCAAAAAGCUCCUUCAGAUCAUCGACACCACUCUGCUUAAAUGUUACCUCCACACCAAUGUAGCCUUAGUAUCGCCUCUUCUGCGGCUGGAGAACAACCACUGUCACAUAGAGGAGAGCGAGUAUGUGCUGAAGAAAGCCCACAAGUACAGCGAACUCAUCAUCCUCUAUGAGAAAAAAGGCCUUCAUCAGAAAGCUCUGCAGGUUCUGCUGGAUCAGUCCACUAAAGCCAAUUCUCCUCUGAAGGGCCAUGAGAGGACUGUACAGUAUCUUCAGAGACUGGGUGUGGAGAACCUGGGCAUCAUAUUUGAGUUUUCACCGUGGGUUCUGAAGAUUUGUCCAGAAGAUGGACUGAAGAUCUUCACUGAGGACCUUACGGAGGUGGAGACUCUUCCCAGGGAUAAGGUGUUGAACUUUUUGAAAGAAGGCUUCAAAGAGCUGGCCAUCCCAUACCUGGAGCACAUCAUUCACCUGUGGGACGAGACUCGGCCCGAGUUCCACAAUGUUCUGAUCCAGCUCUACCUGGAGAAGGUGCAAGGCCUCAUGAAAGUGUAUCUCAACUCACUGCCUGAAGGUGUUCCAGCUGUAGCUGCAGGAAAGGAGGAGGGAGAGCUGGGAGAGUACAGGAACAAGCUUGUGUCGUUUCUGGAAGUGUCCAGCAGCUACGAGCCCGAGCGACUCAUCAGUGAUUUCCCAUUUGAUGGUCUGUUGGAGGAGAGGGCUCUUCUUCUGGGUCGUAUGGGGAAACAUGAGCAGGCUCUCUUCAUCUACGUUCACAUUCUCAAAGACACGCGUAUGGCUGAAGAGUACUGUCACGGUCAUUAUGAUCCAUCAACAAACGGCAAUAAAGAUGUGUAUCUGUCCCUGCUGCGCAUGUAUCUGUCUCCUCCGGACGUGCACUUCCUCGGGCCCAUUAAGAUGGAGCUAUGUGAGCCACAGGCAAACCUCCAGGCGGCCCUGAAUGUCCUUCAGCUUCACCACAGCAAACUGAACACCACCAAAGCCAUAAACCUGCUGCCAGCCAACACGCAGAUCCGAGAGAUCCAGGUCUUUCUGGAGAGCGUGCUGGAGGAGAAGGCUGGGAGGAAGCGCUUUGACCAGGUCCUGAAGAGCCUCCUACAGGCCGAGUUCCUUCGGGUGCAGGAGGAGCGUAUCUUUCACCAGCAGGUGAAGUGUGUCGUCACAGACGAGAAAACCUGCAGGGUGUGCAAGAAGAAGAUUGGAAACAGUGCCUUUGCCAGGUAUCCUAACGGCGUUGUGGUUCACUACUUCUGCUGUAAAGAUCGCAGCGUGUGUCCAGCGGAGUAGUCAAAGCUGCAGACCGGAGACUCUGGAAGCACCCCGAGCACAAGACGGCCCUGAAGACCUGAAAACGGCAGCCCGAGACCAAACGCCAGUCUCUCUCUCUCUCUCUCUCUCUGUCUCUCUCUCUGUCUCUCUCUGUCUCUCUCUCUCUCUCUCUCUCUCUCUCUCUCUCUGUCUCUCUCUCUCUCUCUCUCUCUCUCUCUCUGUCUCUGUCU